UACCUACUCACUCGUAUAAUAAUAUAGUGUGCAGUUGUGUUUCGAGCGGCCGGCGAGCUUGUCGCGUGUGCACACGGUGUUCACAAGUCGUGCUAAAAAAUACAAUAAUAACAAUAAUAAUAAACAAACAGCAUAAACACCACUACGUCGUCUCGCGCCCGUCAAGUGCAAGUCGAACAUAAAACUUCCGAUAGACGUGCAACUAGUGCCGUUGUAUUCUAGCCGAGUUGUUCGCGGUAAACGCAGUGUCCGAGAUGGGUCGAAAGUUCCCGUUGGUCACGUCGUGUCUGGGCUGCCCGCUCAAGACCGGAGCCCUCAUCAGUGGCUUCUACGGAAUAGUGAUUGCCAUAUUCGCUCUUAUCAUGAUUCUGACAAACGACAUCAAAAUACAGACGAUCAUCAUAGAUUUCUUACCCAAAACUGUGGUAAAAAUCAUUGUCGUAAUCAACCUGCUUAUGACAGUAUUAAUAUCGACUGUGCUUUUGGUCGGAAUUUUUAUGCGAAAGAAGAUAUUGAUGCUUCCUUGGAUAGUACUAACGAUCAUGUUAUGCAUUGGACUUGUCAUAUCUGUAAUAUACACUACUAUUGAUUUCUUGAUUCAUAAAUUCUAUUUCACUAGCAUUAUGGUUCUAGUGAUUGGCAUGCUAUGCGUGGGUGUUUACGUGUACAUGUGGUGGGUAACCUAUAGUUAUUAUCAAAAAAUCAAAGAAGAAGAUAACCGGACUCCAUACACCAGAACACCUUACUACGGCUAAAAUAUAAAACUAAAUUGUUUUCAUAAUGACAAAUGUUUGUUCGAUAAUCAUGCAAUGUUAAUGCCAAUGAGAUUUUUCUAGACAUGAUGAAAUGAUUAACCCUCAACAUUGUAUAUAACAACAUUAAAUGUGUGUGUGUGUGCAAGUUAUAUUAUUAAGUAGUUUAACAAGGUUGUUUUCCAUGUUAAUUUGUAAUGCACUAUUUAUAAUUUAUAUAUAUAUUUUUUUUUAUUUAUAA